GCACCGGUCAUGCGCCAGGUCGCCCAGCGGAGAUUCGCGUCCGGUGGUAGCAACUUCCAGGGUGCUGCCGACAAUGCUUUCAACCGCGAGCGAGCGGCUGUCAAGGCCCACGCUGCUGAGUCAAGCGACACCUGGCGCAAACUCUCCAUCUACGUCGUCAUUCCCGCCCUGUGCAUUGCCAGCGUCAACGCCUGGCGUCUGUGGAGCGAGCACUGGGAGCACUGGGACCACAUGCCCCCGCUCGAGGAGCGCACCGAGUACCCCUUCCAGAACAUCCGCACCAAGAACUUCUUCUGGGGAGACGGAGACAAGACUCUCUUCUGGAACCCGAAGGUCAACUAUCACAAGAAGGACGAGUAAAUGCCGCC